AUGCCGCGUAUGAUAAGUCAAGAACAGCUAGAUGAAGCUAGUGGGUAUUGGAAGCAGCCCGAUUUACUUACUGGAGCUGACUAUUUUCUUCGACUUUACGUCGCCGAACGAUCAGGAUUUGAAAUCCAUAACAUGAAAUCAGGAUUUUACUUAAUCAACACAAAGGUUGGACCAAUAAUAACCGGAAGUGGAUAUACCAACAUGGACAACUAUGGUCUUUGUCUUGGACGACUGCGAACAUUAAUAAAACGACUCCAAAAUAACAAAUCACUGCUCAACCGAUACAACGAAAUAAUUUAA